AUGGUCCACAGAUCGAAGGUGCAUACUAGGAACACGGUGAAGGACUGCGCCAGUCUCGGGUUAGUUCAUUAUUUUCCACCUUCCGUGACCUAAACUGGGGACCUAUCACCAUCAAUCCGUGUGCUUUUUGUCCUUCUAACGAUCAUUAAUUCUGUCUCGCAGGAAGAUAUUCGUCGGUGGCCUCGCGAAGGACACAAGCAUUGGUUAGAUUUCUUCUUGCUCUCGGUUUUCUGUACCUUCUUAAACUUUUUUAGUCGAAAAAGCUUCGUUAUUUUAGGCACAGGUGAUCCAUGGUGAUGUGUGCUUCCUUCGAUGAAACAUGCUCAACAAAAUUUCCUAAUUUACUUGGGUCUCAUGCAUUUCCGUUGCGUUCCAGUUUUCUGCGUGAGUUGUUGCUGUCGACGUCUUCUCUUAUAUUUACCUAUGUGUGUGUGCAUCCGAUCUCUUGCUGGAGUUAUUGACCUUGUGCCAAAUUUCUUAAAUGGCCAUAAGCUGGUGAUAAGCUUCAGAUGCUGUAUCCGGGAACUCGGGCGAGUAAGAAGCUCAAGUUCGUGUGCCCAUGGCAAGUGCCACCAUCACUGACCAUGAUGGUCAGCGUAUAGGCCAAGGAAGACCGUGAUAGUUUGUAAUUACCCAAGAAAACAUUUGUGUUUUCGAGGCCAAACGUGUAAACCAUAGUCGGAGUUGCACUAACAUGGUUUAAUACAUUAUUUUCACUUUUAACUUGUUCCCAUAUCUCUAGUCUUUUUGUUCUUUCCAUAAUAUGAUUUUUUCUCCUAGGGAGCUCCGACGGCUGAUCAACUGGUUUGAGUUAUGUUUCUUUUGGAUGGUUCUUUGAAUUGGAGAUAAUGUGCAGUCUUGACCAUAAAAGUUCAUCAUGGGUUUCCGCCAUAUAAGAAUUUCAGUAGAGCAUCAAUUCUAAUUGAAGAAUCAAGGGGUGCACCCAAAGAUUCAAUGUUACGAAUGUGGUUGUGAAUAGUUUUCUGUAGUUUUACUGUUUCAUUUUCCCAUGCUGGUAGUGGCAUAUAAUCUCAAAUUGUCACGCUGAAUCAUUCAACUUAAUGACCAUUGCUCCCAUUUCUGAAACUAUUUAGUGUUUACUUUCACAUAGCUUCAUAUUGUUUAUUUUUUUUCCAGUUACUCACUACAUAUUCCCAAAUUAGAUCGACUGUUCAUGUUCCAUAAAAAGUACUUGCCUCCCCUUCUGAAAUAUAUCUUUGAUGUAAAAAACAGCAACAUUUGAAAAAGCACUUUGGGAAAUAAGGAGAGAUUACAGGCUAUGUAAUACUGAAGGAUAAAGUCACGAACCACUCUAGAGGUUUUGGGUUUUUCACGUGUGCUGAUCCUUCACUAGUGAAUAAAGUCAUAAAUGGUACUCAUGUCAUCAAUGAAAAACAAGUAAGCGUUUGCUUAGGGGGUUUGAUGUCGACAAAGAAUUUAUUGUGUCAUUAUUGUGUCAUUAUUGUGUUAUUUUUCAAAUUUCAAGUCAUACUCGCAUUAUUUGCGUACCUUUAUUAUUAUUAUUAUUAUUUUUUAUUAUUAACUAGAAACUGUAUUGGAUUCUUUAUCGUGAUGACUGCUUUCCUUCCACUGAUAUAGUAAGUUUAUGCUGAAGUUACAAUAGUGAAUUCCCCUCCUGCCUUCACUCGCUGAUUCACUUAAACUGUUGAGUUAUCUCGGGCUGUAAACAUUGUCUCUCCCUUAGGUUAUAAUUUUGUCGUAUGCAUGCCUCACCUCUACAUUAAAAUGUUCUCCUUGUGAUCCCAGUUUUACUCCCAUUUUAAAUAUCAAGAUAGUCCAGAAAAUAUUAUUUUCAUCGUUCUUGUUUCAUAUACUUUGUAUUUUCUGUUGUGACACAAUGUGUUAUCCUUAAAUGUGGAAACCUUACCUUUCGAUAUUUUAGCAGAAGAAAGUUUAUACUGGUGGGUGACCUGUGAUCCAGUGUGAUCACGUCUCAAAAGUUCCUUUAUGCUAUGAUAUAACUAUUUUUGGAUGAGAUAUUGACAGCGCAUAUACAUCCUCUUUCACUGUACGUGAUAAUCGAAUUUUCAUGUUAUGUGAAUGUGAGCUAUCUCUCCCUCACAUCUUCAGGCAUUUGGUAUGCCCCAUCAUCACAGAAAAAUAUGGUAAAAGAAAACUAUCCUAUUUUCCAGGCUCAUGGGGACUCUUCUGACCUUAUUGUUUGGGUUUCAUAAAAAAAGGGAUUUAUAUUUAGAAGUAUCUUUAUUCAAAGAUAAUGUAAAGAAAGACCUAUCUAUGUUGACUUAAAAAUCAAUACUUUUAGUGGUACUCUUCUCUGCUUCCCUGAUCCUGAUCCCUUAAUGUUAUCCUCCACCUUCUCGCUAUCUUGAUCAUCAUCUCAUUUUCACCCUCCUUGACUAGCAGCAAGGGCUUUGGGUCUCAUAGUGGAAAGAAAGAGAAAGGAAAUGUGUAAGCAGAAAGUGAUGGUUGGCAGAUGGGGGGCAAUAAAAGGAAAGAUGAAAGAAAAGGCACUGGCAUCUACCAUGACAGUGAAAUCAAGUGACAUUGGGAACCGUUGCCCAAUAAUUCUGGUUAAGUCGGGGCAGCGUUGAUGGUCGCAGUAGCAUGGAGCUUCAUCUUCCUCUUCUUCAUAUUUUUGUCUUGUUUUCCACUUCUUCAACUCCACGUGUCCUCUUGCAACUCAUCCAUAAUUCUACCAAACUAGGGCCUUGAAAGUGCUUUGUAGCCAUUGAAAGGAUCCUGGAAUGAUUAUAGCCCUGCAAGAAUCUCCAUUGAACUCAAAUCAUUGUGAUGUGUGGGAGCAACAUGAGUUAAACUGAUGUACUUUGAACUAAUGUAACAUUUGGGUUUGGUAAAUUGGAAACUUCGUCCAAGUUGGCUUACAUUUCAUGAGAUCACUUGGUUGCAGCUGGUGGGCUUUGGAAAUUAUAUCUAGUUUCUUGAAGCAAGACAGUGGGUUUUACCUUCAUCUGCAAGAAAGUACUGUGAAUCCUGUUUGUCUGCAGUUCUUAAUCUAAAGUACAUCUUUUUGCAUCCUUGGAGGAGUUUCUCCGACUUUCUGUUGCAAUGCGCUUCAUUGAAAGUGAAAAAUUUACAGUUUUGAUGUUAGAGGACCCUUUUUUCCCUUCUUUUUUUUUGCCAGACUCUCAAAGGUUGCUGCACUUAGGCCCUUCUUUGCUUUCUCUGCACUUAGGCAUCCCCCUUUUGGUGAUUUUUUAUUUAACUGGCUCUAUGGCGCUGGCGAUCCAUUUCAACGAACUCUGCUGCAAACCUCCUUCGGCUGGUAGUUGUUUCUGUCUGAGCCCAUGGAUACCUCUGGCAUAUAUAGCUCCCGCGCCUUUAUAUGCUUUGACACAUCCGCUGACCUUUGUGUUGUCAACCUUGGAUGCUGUAAUUUUCUUCGCUGUUAUAACCUCAACCUCAUUAUGAAUCUCCGUUGCUGUCGUCCAUAGCCUUACGUACUGUAAUCCUCUUGAAAUCCUGCCACAUUGCAUUUGACCGUAUGCCUCGUCCAUUGAUCUCCUUGAUGGACAAUGACUUCUCUCUUUAGUUCCCUGACGGCGAAGAAUAUUUCUUGGAUAAUGGAAGUUAUGCUAUUUUCUCGGGUUUUUUCUAGAGAAUUAAAAUUGUAGAGUAUCACACUGUCCUCUAGAAAAAAAAUGUUUGCAUAUUGAAACUGACUAUAGCUAGUAUGCAUGUGAAAAAUGUCUUUAUUCUGAAGUCUUCCUGAUAAAUGAAAUUAUUUUUGGGACAUUAAAUACCAUUUACUUAGCAAUAAAGAUUCUUUUUUUUUUUUGCAUCGCAGAUUGCAAGCUGCUUAUUGUGUUGUGAUUGCAUACACUGGAUAUAGUUUGUGAAAUUUCUUUAACUGUUUUUGCAGAUAAAUAUCAUUUUUUCUAGACAUUUAAUAUCAUUUAGUUAAGAAUCUACCUUCUUUGCAUUGCAGAGAUGGUUUACUGCGCUGUGAUUACACACAUCAAUAAAUUUUCUGAAAAAACUUGAACAAAUUUUGGAAUACAAGGUCGGAUGUGACAGUAUUGAUCUACAAAUGAAUUAGGCUCUAUGCUAGAAGAGUGGAACCUGAGAGAUACGAACUUUCUCUUACUCACCUGCCACUGAGUAUAUCUAGUGACCUAUCUGUAUUGUGAGGGAGCUGGUAAUUGGCCUGCUGAGCUGAUCUUUUUGCUCGAGUUCUUGAUUUCUCUAUCCUUAUACUGAUUGAUCUCCAGCAGUUAUCAAGCUUUGUUGAGAUGCUUCGGUUGUUCAUUGCUGCUUGUCCUGUGAUCUGCAGGUGGAGAUCAAGAGGAUAACUCCAGAAGAUGCUUCAUCCAGGGAUUUCAAGACAAAGAAGAUAUUUGUCGGCGAUCUUGCAUCAACUUACACAGAAGGUUUAUUUUUAUUUUUUAUUUUUUCUUUGUUAAUAUGAACUUUUAUACCUAGAUUACUGAUAUAUCUUCCACAUAUAUAGACAGUCCUUUGUUGAAUUUUUUAUAUAUAUAUAAAGGAUCAGAUGAAUUGAGGGACUUUUCCAUGUAUGGAAAGGUCGUUGAUCACCAAAUCAUAGUUGACCAUCCAAGCAACAGAUCACGAGGCUUUGGAUUCAUCAUGUUUGAGUCUCGGCCUGGCUGGCACCCAGGUAGCCAGAAAACUAUUAUAUUAUUUUGGCUUCAUACCUUUUUCUUUUAUUUAUUAACUGAAUAUUUUUUCAUGGGCAAGCAGAUUUUUCGAUCCCCAUAUCUUCCUAAAGUCCAGAUUCAGCGUGGGCUUCUCACAUACUUUGCUUUUUGUUCUAGGUGAAGAUCAAGAAGACUGAGCCGAAGCAGCUGCCGCCCUGUGGUCAUAAUUCUAAGGUUCGUUUAUUUGGCGAAGGCUUUGGUCGGUUCUACGGCUGUGGGUCGGCCCUUCUCCCUACAGGACACCCACCGGCCCUGGUGGUGACGGCGCCGCCGGUGCCAGCUUUCGGCGGCGGUUUAGGAGGUGGGCUUGGAGUUGACGAGGAUUUUAGUGGCUAUGGUGGCGGUGGCGGUGGCGGGUUUGGUGCCGGUAGGCCUUACAGAAGCGAGGGGGCUACGGCGGCGGGUAGUAUCCCUACCUAA